AAAAAGUAUACUUAUUUCGAGACAUGCGUAAACUUAAGCCUUACAAAUAGUUACCAGUUAGCAUUUAUCCACACUUUCACCUAUACAGAGACUGAAUUUUCAAAUGUUCACAUUUAUUUUGACGAUCAGCCUGGAUUGCCUCUGUUUCUUUAUUUACUGAAAAUGAAUUAAAUAUGUUAGAAUGUACUAAGCUGGUUUCCCUCACUAUUGGACUGACUGAGCGCGCUUAAUUCUCCGACCUUCAGCCUUCUACUUAGUGGAAGUGUUAUCACCAAAAUGACUAAAGAAAAAGCAGGUUUCUUAACUCCAAAGGCAAUAGCUAACAGAAUCAAAGCCAAAGGUCUGCAAAAACUACGAUGGUACUGUCAGAUGUGUCAAAAACAAUGUAGAGAUGAGAACGGAUACAAAUGUCACACAAUGUCUGAGUCUCAUCACAGACAAAUGAAGUUAUUUGCCGAGGAUGGUGGGAAAUUCAUCAGCAGUUUUUCGUCUGAAUUCCUAAAGGGCUACCUUGACAUACUGCGCCGUCAGUUCGGUGGGAAACGCGUGCAUUCUAAUGUUGUUUACCAGGAAUACAUUAAAGACAAGGAGCAUAUACACAUGAACGCCACACGAUGGCACACACUUACAGGGCUGUGCAUGUGGCUUGGGAAACAGGGUAUUUGCAAAGUGGAUGAAACUGAGAAGGGAUGGUUCAUUGAAUAUAUUGAUCGUGAUCCAGAGAAAGAAAAAAGGCAGGAAAUGAACGAACGGUUGGAAAAAACAGAAGAUGAGAUUAAUAGAAAAUUUCUAGAACGCCAGAUAGAACAGAAUUUGAGCAAGGUUGAACAAGUUGAGGGUCCCUUAUACACUCCUCUUCUUCGUGCAAAUGAAGAUGAACCAAUACGGUUGGGGAUAUCAUUGUCUCAGAAGAAGCCGCCACCCGAAGCAGUGGACGAUAGUGCUAGUCAAAAUCCAGGUGCCUCGGAAGAAAAAACUCCAAGUCUCAUGACGUUAGGUCCAAAGAAGGAAAAACCUGUAAACCCUCUUUUGCUCGCAGAAAAAAAAGCACGUGAGGAGAAGUCCAAAUCCGUCGUAGGGAAAAAGCAGGAUUCACGUACUACAACGGGAGUUCGUCGGCGUGCUUUAGAUGAGCUGAUGGAAAAAGAAGAAGCUUUUAAAGACAAACGAAAUCGAAGGGACUAUUGGAUGACAGAAGGAAUUGAAGUCAAACUGAUCAAUCGUAAACUACCUGAUGAUCUUAUCUGGAGACAUGCAACAGUUAUAAAAAUGCUGGAUAACUAUACGGCUAUCGUGAGGACACUGGAAUGUCAUACGAAAAUCAAAGUGGAUCAAAGUCACGUACAAACAGUGAUUCCAGAACCCUCGUCAACUGUUCUUGUCGUCAAUGGCGCCUACAGAGGAGAGUACGCUACGUUAGAGCAGGUUGAUAAAGAAAAGAACACAUGUGAAAUGACUAUAAUGACUGGUCUUUGCAUGGGUCGUCUUGUCAAAAAUAUCUCUUUGGACGAUGUCUGCAAAUUGUCGGAAGCUCGACGAGAACAAUAAGAACAUUCAGACGUUAAUUAUUACAAAGACUUUCGUUUAUUAACAAUGUACAGUACUUUCAAAUAUUAUUAAUAUAUACUUAUAUAGUGUUAUGGUUUACAUAAUAUAACAAUUGAGAAAAUUUA